AUGGGGCACAGCUGGCCUCCCACCGCUGCCUUUGGGGCGCAGGCAGGAGCAGCCAAAGGGCCGGUCCGACUGGUGGCCUUACAGAAGGUGCCACCAGGAGGGGCUAAGUCGCCGGGCAUUGGCUCGCAGGUUGCUCCAGGCUGCUGGGCUCCGGCGGGCGGGUCAAGCGCAGGGGCCCGCCGGAGCCAUUCAUGCGGCUCGCGCCGGACCACGAGGCUCCCCCGGCCGAGCGCAGGCCUGGACCCUAGAAGGCCGGGCGCUUCGGCCUGGGCAGCCGCGGACUUCGCUCGCCGGUCCAGCGGCCGGACUGGCUGCAAGACGACCGCUCGUCCUCGGCCUGGCUGGAGACUCCUCGCUGCGACGGGCAGCAAAGGGAGGGCGGAGCCCGAAGCGGCGGCCCAUAAGGCUGGGCACAGAUUGGUGUUAGUUCUGGGCGACCUUAAUAUUCCUCACCGCUGUAACAGCCUGCCGGCUAAAUUCAAAAAAUUGCUGGUUCCGGGCAAAAUCCAGCACAUUCUUUGCACCGGGAACCUCUGCACGAAGGAGAGCUAUGACUACCUCAAGACCUUGGCUGGCGACGUUCAUGUUGUGAGAGGAGAUUUUGAUGAGAACCUGAACUAUCCCGAACAGAAAGUGGUCACUGUGGGGCAGUUCAAGAUCGGGCUGAUCCACGGCCAUCAAGUCAUUCCCUGGGGCGACGUGGCCAGCCUCGCUCUCCUCCAGAGGCAGUUUGACGUCGACAUCCUGAUUUCAGGCCACACGCACAAAUUCGAGGCGUUUGAACACGAAAACAAGUUCUACAUUAACCCAGGGUCAGCCACGGGGGCCUACAGUGCUUUGGAAAACAACAUCAUUCCUUCCUUUGUGCUGAUGGACAUCCAGGCCUCCACAGUUGUCACCUACGUCUAUCAGCUGAUUGGCGACGACGUCAAAGUGGAAAGAAUCGAGUACAAGAAAUGCUGAAAGCAAGUGGGCCUCCCCUAACUCGUUCCAACCCUUUUUUGCAAUCUGUACCCAACAGUCCGUAGCGUUUGCAGCCUUGUGAGUUGACAAGGCGGCUUCUCUUAGCUUGUCGUAGGCAACUAAGUUUACGGCCCUUGACUUCUGACAUCUGCCUUGGUUUAAUUUGGUUUUUUUUUUCUCCUUUGGGCCCUCAAAAUGGCUCCUGCUUGUAAAUACUACUCAACGUGCGCAGCAGAAUUCUACCUGUUCAUGUGAACUGUUGUAUAAUAAAGAUGUUAUUCAACUUCAA